AUGUCUCAACUAAAACGAUUAAUAAUACUUGAUCUUAAUGGUCUUCUUGUUCAUCGUCUUUAUAAAGAUGAAUAUGUGAAAUGCAAACGUUUAUUAACUGAACAAUAUGAGAGUAAUUAUUUAACUCGUCCUGAACGUAUAGGAAAUUUUGCAGUAUGGUUUCGUCCUAAUGUAAAAGAAUUUCUUGAUUGGUUAAUGGAACAUUUUCAUGUUGCUAUAUGGUCAUCAGUUUUAAAAUUUAAUAUUGAUCCUAUUGUUAAAUAUAUAUUACCUGAUGAACAUGAACGUGAUCGUUUAUUAUUUUGGUGGGAUCAACAAAAUUGUCAUGUUGAAGAUGAUCCAACAGCAACAGAUCCAAAAAAA